CUGUCCAUCAUCCUGCACCUCAUCUGUCUGCUGGAGAAAGUGCCGUGCACCGUGGAGCAGGACCACUUCAAGAAAGAGACCAUCUACAAGUUCCUGAAGCUGCAGGCCUGCGGGAAGAACGGCUUCAGUCCGCUGCACCUGGCGGUGGACAGGAACACCACCUGUGUGGGCCGCUACCCCGUCUGCAAGUUCCCCUCCUUCCAGGUGGCUUCUAUCCUGCUGGAGUGCGGCGCAGACGUGAACUGCCGCGACGAGGACGACAACAGCCCUCUGCAUGUGGCUGCGUCCAACAACCACCCCGACAUCAUGAACCUGCUGAUCUCCUGCGGCACGCACUUCGACAGCACCAACUCCCUCAAGCAGACGGCCUGCGACCUGCUGGACCAGAAGGAGCUGGCCAAGAACCUGAUCCAGCCCAUCAACCACACCACGCUGCAGUGUCUGGCGG